AAAAGAAGUUCCCGUUGGAAAGUGUUGUUCGAAUAUUUCCUCUCGUUUAUGCUUUUGCACACGCCUCGAAUACCGAGUUGGGACCUCGACUAUAGAAGAGCCAUAGAAAGAGGCUUUUGUCCGUUUUUUUGUCGCAAAUCCUAAGCUUGAGCAUGACGUCCUGGUCACGUAUUUCACCGCAUUACAUCUAGGGAUAUUGCCUGAGGCGGCGAUAAAAGGCGGUGUGCGACGUUCGAGAAGCAGUUCUUUACACUGACAGCGGGACGAAGCGCAUACGCACAGCGUGGGCUCUGCUUCAUCGACGCGACAUGGACUCGGGUCAACCGUCUAAAGCAGCCGUCACCUGGGGUGAGGGGCGGCACCGACUGGCGCUUUUCGUCAUAGCCAUCGCAACAAUCGUCGCCAAAGGACGCGGAGCAGGAGGCGCGCUACCCGCCGUCAUUCGAAUUGGUGUCGUGUACGACCACGCCGGCUCAUCCGAAGACGAGAAGCUGCUGUGGCAAGCGCUCGACCGAGCCAACCUAAACGCCAGCGACGACGGCGAGGCGUCAACGGCAACGGCUGGCGGCACAGGGCCCCCGGCUCCGGCUUCAAGCAGGGCACCGCACGUCAGUCUUGCCAUCGAAAGGCUGGACCCGGAAGACACUUUCCGAUCGGCCAAGAAAGUGUGCAGACUCCUUGAACAGGGUGUUCUAGCAGUGCUGGGACCUCGGCAGCCAGACGCGGCAUCGCUGGUCGGCAGCGCUUGCACGGGACACCGAGUCCCGCACGUCUACUUGUCCCAAGAAGGUGGCGCUCACGCAGGCGUCUAUGCGGGUUCGGCAUCUCUUAACCUUGCACCUUCUCCCCACGAACUGGACCAAGCUCUCAGGGAUCUGGUGGAAGCUCAGCGAUGGAAGGGCUUCACGAUUGUGUACGAAAAACCCGAAGCGCUGGUCCGGCUGCGUGGUCUCCUACACAUGCCGCAGCCUGGCGGUCUUCCACUUCCGGUGUCGCUGCGGCUACUUCCGGAGAAAACGGAUCCCCGGAUUGUCCUGCGGGAGAUAGCUAAGGCCGGGGAGAGCAACAUCCUUCUAGACGUGGCUACGCACAGGCUUGGCGAUCUGUUAAGACAUGCCCAAAGAAUUGGAAUCGUCAACGAGUACCACAACUUCAUUGUCACUACACUGGACUUGCACACCGUGGACCUUUCCGAUCUGCAGAACUCGGGAACCAAUUUGACCGGUUUCCUGCUUCUGAAACGAGAGCUCUGGGAGCAGGACAUCGGUGCUGUACGCGAGAAGUACACUCAAACUGGCGUGUACCCAUUGUUUCUCGCGCAUCGAGCCUUCUGGAAGCAAUUAAGGACAGACGCGGCUCUCACUCAAGACGCGCUGAACAUACUCGUGCGAGCCAUCCAGAGCCUGGCGAAGGCCGGUACGCUGGACACGCCACCCAGGGUGAGCUGCCGUGCCAACUCCGCGGCGGGCAACUGGUCGCCGUCCGACGUGCUCAUCGAUGCUGUCAAGAAGGCACGCUUUUCGGGCCUCACUGGACCCGUUUGGCUCGAUGGUACGGGCCACCGAAGAAACCUGUCCCUUCACGUGGUGCAACUGAAGCGUGUGGGACUCACGUCGGUCGGAACCUGGAGUGCAUCGUCUGGGCUCAACAUCACUCACGCAGAAAAGAUGUUCCAAGAAGAAAUACUCAAUGUAUUGAAGAACAAGACCUUGAGAAUCACUACAAUAUUGAAUGCACCUUACGUCAUGCUCAAGAAAUCUGCGCACAAGCUUGAAGGAAACGACCGCUUCGAAGGAUUCUGCGUGGACUUGCUCCGAGAAAUAUCCGUCCUUCUGGGCUUCCGCUACCAGCUCAGGCUUGUGAGGGAUGCGGCUUACGGAGCCCUAGACUCCGAAGGCCAGUGGAACGGCAUGAUGCGCGAACUCGUCGACAAGGAGGCUGACCUGGCGGUCGGAGAUCUGACCAUCACAUCAGAGCGCGAGAAGGCCGUUGACUUUACUAUGCCAUUCAUGACCUUGGGCGUCAGCAUACUCUACAAGAAGACCGAACAGAAACGUUCGCUUCUGUUCUUCCUGUCUCCGCUCUCACCGGAUGUGUGGCUCUGUGUGGCAGCGGCGUGCAUAGCUGUCAGUGUCGUGCUGUGCUGCGUUGCGCGUGCUCAGAGCGCAGAGCGGACCGCAAGUCGCGCGGUAUCGCGGUGUUCUAGCUGCUGCUGCCGGAACAGCGUAGAGCGCAGUGGCGGCAACUGGUACAGCAGAACGGAGAGUGGCCACGCUGGGCUAGACAUCAUCAAGGGACAGGAAGUAACGGAUUCUCCAGAACACCGAGAAGAGGGGAUAUUCCGUUACGGCAAGGGAGGCAGCUCUCUACAAACGGUGAAAAGUGACUUUACCCUGCUAAACAGCUUGUGGUUCACAAUAAGCGCCAUCAUGCGACAGGGGUGCAAUAAGUCGCCAAGGUCACCUUCGACACGCAUCAUCACGGCGACUUGGUGGAUGUUCUCGUUCGUGCUGGUAUCUUCGUACACGGCGAACCUGGCGUCUUUCUUGACCCGAGAGAGGCUCCAGUCGCCCAUCGAGAGCGCCGAGGACUUAGCCAAGCAGUCUGCCGUGCGCUACGGGUGCGUGCGAUCUGGAUCGACGCACACCUUGUUCAAGGACUCUAAACACGAGACGUACGAGAUGAUGUGGCAUGCCAUGAAGGAUGACCUGGUGUCUUCCAACGCCGAGGGCAUUGAACGCGUGGAAAGCGGUGGCUACGCCUUCCUCAUGGAGUCUACCAGCGUCGAGUACGUGGUGCGGAGACGCUGCCAGCUCAAGCAGAUUGGGGGUCUGCUGGAGCCGAAAGGCUACGGCAUCGCCACGCCAAGCGGAUCUCCGUACCGUAACCUUCUUUCGUCGACCAUACUGCGGCUGCAAGAGCGUGGUACCAUCCAAACACUCAAGGACCGUUGGUGGAAAGUACGGGAUCCGGCGAAGCGCUGUGCUGAGGAGACGAGCCAAUCCAGGACAGGUGCAGCUAGCGAGCUGGGUUUGCCGAAAGUGGGUGGCGUGUUCGUCGUCCUUCUAGCAGGUCUCGGUCUGGCCUGCCUCAUCGCUUUCGCUGAGCUGUUCUGCAAAGCACGACUGGGACGAAGUUCCAGGAGUCUAUGAGGCUUAUAGGCUGCCACCAGUGACUAUAGACAAACAAGACACGUUAAUCGUCAGUCGUUCGAUUAGUUCGUAUACCGGUUUCUCUGAAUGUGCAGGUUGUAUCGCCAAUAAAGUGUGUUCUAUACUAAGAUAAUGUACAAUUAUGUUUUCAAUGUAACAUGUGAAUGGCGUUUUCGCAGCACGCGGCAUGUGUUGAUAACUUGGGUAAGGUUAUCUUGGUAUGGCAGUAUUAUUGAUAAUGAGAACAUGCAAAUGUCAUACUUCUCUGCCAAAUUAAAUUUUAUUUAUUUGCUCGCUCAUUGUUUGGAAAGGUGCACUUCUUUUGU